CUUCAGGAUGCAGAUUCCAUCUGACCCAAUCGUCUUCAUCAAACCUGGCAAAUUUUCCAUAAUGCGUUCCUUAAUCAUUUUGAUUGCCUUGAUUGGCUGCGCCGUUGGACAGCAAUACGGCAACUACCGGGGAGCCUAUCCAAAUCAACAGCAACAGUAUUAUACAACACCAAGACCUGUAUAUCCACAGCAAAACCAAUAUCAGCAACAACCCCAAUAUCAACAGAACCAAUACAAUGCUGCUGCACGCCAAAUAGGCAUCCGAAGUCAAUCUUCUGACAUUUCUCCUGACGGUUCAUACACAUGGCAAUAUGAAACUGAAAAUGGAAUUGUUGCUUCUGAGAGUGGAUCUCCAAAAUCCUCGCCCGAAGGUCAAUCUCAGGCGGUUCAAGGCAGUUAUUCGUACACAGCACCUGAUGGAACUCCAAUAACUGUGAACUAUAUCGCAGAUGAAAAUGGUUUCCGAGCUUCCGGUGCUCAUUUGCCAACACCACCUCCAGUUCCUGAUGUAAUUCAACGAGCCAUUGCCACUCUUCCUCAAACCAAUGAGGGUGCUUACGAUGAACAACAAUAUAACCGACCUCAACAAAAUUACAACAGACCACAAAAUUACAACCAAAACUACGGCGGCGGAAAUGCAUACCGAAGAUUUAAGUAAAUCAUUUCACAUGAAAGAAAAACGCUCCGACUCGCAUAAAAACAUUAAAUGGGCCAAAUAAUUUUAGAAACGCUGCGCGUAUCUAAAAUGCGUAUGGCUUCGCCAUGCUAUCGAUAACCUGUGAUUCAUACGUUCGUUCAA